UGGAACGGUUCGUGUUCGCAGCGCACUCGUAACACCGAAGCGUACGACUUUUCUCCCAGUGUGUGUUUUAAAUUUAUAAAAACCGUUUUUUAUAACCGAAAAAUAGCGCAAUAAUAGAGUUUCUUUGAAUCCCAGGGUUCCGAGGCUUACAAAAGUGCCAAAAAUAUAGUGCAAAUCAAGUCCAAAAGUUAUACAAACAAUAAUAGUGAAAAAGCGGUGAUAAAGGUUAUGCAAAACCAAAAAUAAGUCUUUUAAAUGUGGCUAGAAUCUGAAGACUAACGCAUCUUCUGAUAAUAAAUUUGAAAAAACAAGCUUAAAAUAAAUUACAACCAAUAAGAAGGUGUGCAUCUAACCAAUAUUACUGUACUAAAAGUAAAAGCUACAGAAUAUGUGAAAACCGAGUGAAAGUGCCCAAGAAGAUAUCUAAAAAUUAACGAACCGCAGAGAAAUUCCGUCUGGAGAACCACGAUCCCAAAGCUCUCCCGUCAUGAGCUCUUUCCUCAUGGGCUAUCCGCAUGCUCCACAUCAUGUCCAGAGUCCCAUGUCCAUGGGCAAUAGCUUGGACCCAAAGUUCCCGCCGGUGGCCGACGACUAUCACCACUACAACGGCCACUACUCGAUGACCGCUUCCACGGGGCACAUGAGCGGUGCCGUCGGCGGCGGCGGAGUGACAGGUGUUGGCGGAGUGGGUGGUGGUGGUGGGGCAGUUGGGAUGGCGGGACAUCCGCAUGCCAUGCAUCCGGCGGACAUGGUCAGCGACUAUAUGGCGCACCAUCACAAUCCGCACACCCACUCCCAUUCGCACACCCACUCGCUGCCGCACCACCACAGCAAUAGCGCGUUGUCCGGACACCACCAGCCAUCUGCCGGCGGCUAUAGUUCGAAUUACGCCACCGCCACUCCGCCCUCACAUCCGCACGCACAUCCGCACCAGAGCCUCGGCUACUACGUGCACCACGCCCCCGAGUUCAUAUCCGCCGGAGCGGUGCACUCCGAUCCCACGAACGGCUACGGUCCGGCGGUAAAUGUCCCGAACACGAGCAACGGCAGUGGUGGCGGCGGAACCGGGGGAGUGGUUGGCGGCGGAGCUGUGGGUGGAUCGUCAAAUGGAUAUUACGGCGGAUACGGAGGGGGCUACGGGGCCGCGAACGGGAGCGUAGGGAGCACCCACUCCCAAGGACACUCGCCGCACUCCCAGAUGAUGGACCUGCCAUUGCAGUGCAGCUCCACGGAGCCCCCGACGAAUACUGCCCUGGGACUGCAGGAAUUAGGUUUAAAACUAGAGAAACGCAUUGAAGAAGCUGUACCUGCCGGACAACAAUUGCAAGAGCUGGGGAUGCGAUUGCGCUGUGAUGAUAUGGGAUCCGAAAAUGACGACAUGUCAGAGGAGGAUCGGCUCAUGCUGGAUCGAUCUCCAGACGAACUGGGCUCCAACGACAACGACGAUGAUCUCGGGGACUCAGACAGCGAAGAUGACCUGAUGGCUGAGACGACCGAUGGCGAACGGAUCAUCUACCCCUGGAUGAAGAAGAUCCAUGUGGCGGGAGUGGCGAACGGGUCAUAUCAGCCGGGAAUGGAGCCGAAACGCCAACGCACCGCCUACACGCGCCACCAGAUCCUGGAGCUGGAGAAGGAGUUCCACUACAACCGCUACCUGACGCGUCGGCGGCGCAUCGAGAUCGCCCAUACGCUGGUCCUGUCGGAGCGGCAGAUCAAGAUCUGGUUCCAGAACAGGCGCAUGAAGUGGAAGAAGGACAACAAGCUGCCGAACACCAAGAACGUGCGCAAGAAGACGGUGGACGCCAACGGCAACCCAACACCGGUAGCCAAGAAGCCCUCCAAGCGGGCCGCCUCCAAGAAGCAACAGCAGUCGCAGCAGCAGCAGACGCAGCAGCAGCAAUCGCAGCAGACCCCGGUGAUGAAUGAGUGCAUUCGUUCAGAUAGUUUGGAAAGUAUUGGCGAUGUGAGCUCGUCGCUGGGCAAUCCGCCCUAUAUUCCGGCGGCACCUGAGACGGCCAACUCUUAUGCGGGAUCUCAGCAGCACCACGGCAAUAACAACCACAAUGGCAGCGGCAAUAACAAUAACAACAACAACAACAGCAACCUCAAUAACAAUAACAAUCCAAUGGGUCACACGAAUCUGCAUGGGCACCAUCAGCAGCAACAACAACAACAACAGCAGCAACAGCAAUCCGAUCUCAUGACCAAUCUUCAGCUACACAUCAAACAGGAUUACGAUCUGACGGCCCUGUAGAAUCAGCAGGGAAAUCUCCAAGAUGACUUCAGCAUUGUAAAUUAGCAGCUAUCCCUAUUCUUUUAAAGUUUAUUUGUAGAAUUUUGUUUUUCAUUUCGAAUCAAUGGCCUUGUACCCAAGACAAGGUUAAAGACAAAUCGGAGUAUACAGUGAACGUAGUUAGUUAAGGACCGACCAUUAGGUAGAAGACCCUUAUUAUAUAAAGUUGUAUUCUCGAUUCCCCACAAAUGUUUGUAUAUGAGUUUAACUUAAGCACCCUAGGAUUCAGGUUUAAGAGUUUGUAAAAAGCCUAGAACGAUUCGUCAUAGCUAUUAAGUGGCAUACACUUAGCUCUAGAAUUGCCUAUUUGUAUAAUUAUGGUAACUAUAAAUACUAUUAACGAAUGUAGUUGGCAUCUGUUGUGCGUCUCUAGAUGUAUGUAAGUUCGUACUUAUAUUUUAAUAAUACAAGUAAAACUGAAAAGUGAAAAAUAUAUCAAAAUAA